ACGAACAAUUUACAAAAUCCAAAAAGCUCGAGCAGUCACUCAAUCCGACAGCAACGUUUAACGGCAGAGAAGCGACAAUGCGACAGUUUAACAGUACAAGCGAUAAGACCGUUUGUUCGAUAUUGUAUCAUAUCGUAUAAUACCAAUAAAGGUUAUUAUCAAUGCUGCGAAGUUAAAACAACAAAAAGUAAACUACAGAAUCUUCCUCUAACACGAUCAGCGCGAACUUACAAGAGAACAUCAGAAAUCAUUCGAAAAUAUUGGCCGAUUGCAGAAGAAAUUCAGGAACAGCUCAUUGAAAUCCAAAAUGAUAAGAACUACAGGAAUGCCUCUGAAUCAGUUUCUCUUGAACAGCCCUGGAGUAAAGAAGCAAUUUCACACACUACAACUCGGAAAAUCGCCUUGCGCUAUUCUGUAUGA